UCAGCGUGUUUGAGACAAUGUGUGAAUUAGAACAACAAUGAAGAAGAAAGCACGUAGAAUAAGUUCGGAAUCGGUAAUGAAUUAGUUCGCCACCUGGUUUUCAAUAAAAUAUUACAAGGUUAUGUAUGUAUUGGACUGGUUGGCCUUGAGUCACUUGCUUUAGUACCCAAGGUCACUUGGCUGUCAAGGUUUUCUUGUAUUUUGGAAUAUGUAACUGUGCUUCUGUAGUUUGUUUGGCUUACUGAUACUUCAUUAUAUGUACAUAAUGCAGCCAUUUGUUCAUGUGUCUCCAGAAAAGUCCAGUGAAAGGAAUCUUGUUACCAGUGUUAUGGGUGCUCUAAGUGAUUAUAUGCCCAGGAAUCAGUAUCGUACGUGUGGCUCCACAGAACAGGUGUUUAGCGUGAAAUUUGAGGAAUGUGACGCAAGCAGAUGUAACCCCGCCUACUCUACUGUUUUAUCUCUAGUCACUUGUAAAGGAUCAUACAUAUGGGGAAUUUCGUUUGGUGGUAAUGCCACCUUACUGUAUGCAGAGAGAAAUACAUGUACAAUAGACCUUAAGCUGCUCCCUACUCCUUCACAUACUGGUGAUUCCUUGUUUUCCAGCAGACCUCUUAUGGCUAUCUGUGAUACUUUCAGUUGUGCAUCUUCUCAUUGGCAGGUGCGGUUUAUUUCUUUGUGCAAUCGCAAAGUAGUUUUGUCGUAUUAUUUAGAGUCGAAAGCGCUCUCAGUAGAUGCAAACGACAGAUUUGUUGUAGUAACACGAACUGAUUCAAUAACAGUAUUCUCAGCACUAACUCUUACAGAACUGUAUACGAUAGCAUGUGUAAAAUCAACACUUUGGCCAGAUCUCUUGCCGAGAAGUGUGCCUUCUUCGCUUGGGGUUCGUUGGUUGGCCUUCGCAGAUUCUAAGCCUGUCUACCAACAUUUGUCCCGAUGUGGCGACGCGAGUACAGAUGAGUCACAACCUUUAACUACAACAGUAUUGAGUAUGAAUAAGCGUCUUUGGGAAGGGAUUUCGGCCCUGGCUACUUCAGUUGUUUCUAGUUCAUUGGGUCCGAAUCCACCAAAUUUGCGUAAUAAUCAUCUUGAUUCUCAACAUCAAGUCCCACAAACAACUUUAUCAGAUUCGUUUCCACAACAUGGAUCUAGUCUAAUUACUUCAGAGGUGAAUAACUCAUCCAUAUCACCCGGUUACGUAACAAUAAUUGAUUUGCAUACAUUAAAUUGUGAACAUGCGACUUUGCGAAAACUUGAAGAUGCUACGGCAUCAGUUCGUUUAUGUCCUGCUGGUUCAAAUCUCUCUGACUCAUCAAAUCAAUAUAAUAGUACUAAUCAAAGAGCUCAAUCAUGCUCUCCAAAUAAUCAACACACAAGUAUUAAAAUGUCAGGAGUGAAAUACUUGAAUGUUCAUGAAUUUGGUGGGUCGGGAGCCAUUGUUGCUCAUUUCAUGGCUCAUCGUUGGGCUGGUGUUGCUCUCUUAAAGUUUGAUCCAUCUGGAAGUCUGUUGUUCACUGCGUGUAAACGGGGUCACUCAUUCAAUUUAUUUCGUAUUGCUAAUCAUCCGUUUGACCAGCGUCAAACUGCUGUACAUCACUUAUACAUUUUGGAACGUGGUAAUUUACCAUGUGAGAUUGUGGAUGCUACUUUCUCUCAUGAUUCUCGGUGGGUAGCUGUGAGCAGCAAUCAUGGGACUACACAUGUUUUCCCUGUUACUGCUUAUGGAGGUCCGAUCACUGUUCGUACACACACUCGACCUCACGUUGUGAAUCGUACUUCGAGAUAUCAUAGAUCAUCUGGUUUAGAAGAGUAUCAUCUAACUAGACCACAACCUGAGAGAAGUGCAACUGAGUCAACUGGAUUUAGCGGUAACUCCUCUAGCAAUUCUAUCAAUAUUCCGUGCCACAUUCCCCAGUCUAGUUCUAUGAAACAUCCUUAUACUAUCCGUAGUCAGUCGUCUGGUUUCGCAUCUGGUGUAUCUAGAGCAGCUUCGAAUUUUUGUCAAACUGCACCAAUUGCAGGUUUUGCACCUCAAUGCCCUCAUCUAGGAUUCACAGCUUUCAUGACUCCUCUCAAGGAAACUACUGACUGUUGUAUUAAUGAGGGGAGUUCAAAUUCUUCGUCGAUUCUCUCUGGUGAUUCAGCAUUGUCUGAUGCAUCACACUUUUUCACGCAUUCAAAUCCAUUUUCUUCAGAAUCAUCCAGUAGUCAUCUUCAUGUUUCUGAACAGCCUACUAUGUUGUUUCUAAAUAGUGAAGGAUUAUGUGCUUGUCCACCGAACGCGUUGUAUAACACUACUAAUUCUCGGUUGCCUCCCUAUCCAGAACCUUGUCGAGUUAAAGCUGAAGCAAGAUUGAAACCAUCUAGUGGUAGCAGUGUGACAUCUAUUGCUCGAGGCGCCGCCAGUAGUGCUUUUGAAGCCGUAACACCUAUGAAAAAUAUAAAUGCGGUAAUAGUUAAUCGUCACUUAUCAUCUGUUAAAUCAUGCUAUUCUGAUCCUAAUCAUGUUCACUGCCCUGAAGUUUGCACAUAUACACAAUUGCCAGUUAGUGCAGCAUCUCGUUCUUCUUUUCAUUCACGCAAGCAUACUCGGCGUCACAGAAGUGGGCAAUCACUUCAAAAUUUGAAUCAAGAUAUAUCUAGUCCAACAAGUAAUAGUGUUAGAGCUGCACGUUUUGGACCUCCUGUAUGUUUCCUUCCAAAUCAACUUCGUCUAAAUAAUGUAUCUUCAGACUAUCGUAGUGACCCGUAUGUCGGAAAGUCUCGUGCUGUAGAUGCAUUAUUUAUUUUGACAGCCGAUCUUCGCUUAAUAGAAUAUGAUUUAUGUGUUAGUGCAGAUGAUACAGCUACAGUCGGUGGGAAAUUAUAUCAGGAUGGUUCAAUUCGUCUAGAUUGUGUAUCUGUUGGCGAAUGGAAUUUACAUACAGAUGCUGUGUACCUGCCUCCAUUUCCUAGACAGCAUCCACUUAUUUUAGCCUCGUCUACACUUCAAGCAAGAUGUAAAACAAAUAGGCUUAAAUCGGACUAUGCUUCUAAUUUAAAGAUGGAUGGUGGAACUGAAAUUUCAUUAGAAUCUGAUAACAAUCUGUCGUCCAGAUCUACAAAUUACGAAAAAGUUAUAUCAACGUUGAAAUCCAGUUUACCUCCAGCUAAUAGCAGUCAAGUGAAAUCUGGAUUGUUAGAAAUAAAAACAAACACCGAAGAUAAUGAUAGUAAUAAGAACAAGAAUGAUAAUGAUGAAGAUGAUACAGAUGAUAAUGUCGUCACUCCUGCUGGAUGGACUGCUGAAGAUGUUGCUUCUUACUGGUAUAGUCAAGUUGAAAUAACUACACAUUUAGGACCUUUACGUCGUGUUUGGAUGGGUCCACAGUUUACUUUUCACACUUAUUCAAAACAACGUGAUUGGAGUGGUUGUGAUCUACGGCUUUCAUCAUUCAAUAGUUGUAGUUCUUCAGAUAAUAACAAUAUACCUAGUACCACACAAAUUGGCUCCAUUGGAGGGAGUCUAAAAACAGCAUUACAUCCUACUCUUUUAGAAGCAUUCACAUUAAAUGCACCAUUUAUAUUGCCGCCUAUAGUAGAUAUGACUAAUGAGUUAUUAAUUAAAGAUCGGUAUCCUGGCACAUUCAUACCAUCAUCACAUGGUUCCAAUAGUAGUUUAAAUAUGAUUCCAUAUCAAGGUUCUUCUUCAACAUCUACCUCCUCUGUUCAUGCUUUUAUUCAUCCGAAUUCUCAACAUCAUCCAAAUAUCGCUUUGGCCGCAAUUAAUCGUAAUACCACUUCAUCCAAAACAAUUAUGUUACCAAGGCUACCAUCAGGUUUAUUAUUGGAUUCAAAUGCUAAUUUCAACAGUGCACAGUUAAGAUGGCGUAAUUCGUCAGGUGAACCAACUCGUCCACUUAGUAUUGCUGGUGGUUUUGGACCAAGUGGUGAGGCGAUUGUAAUUGAAGGUGGGAGUUAUCAAGACUCAAGUUUGGGUAGUUCUUUAUCUAGUUUAGUUGGUCGCGGUACAGAUGAUUUGGCUCAGUCGAUUGCUGAAGCUAUACAAGAUGAGGAAACUAACUGGAAUGCAGAUAAAAGUUCUACCAAUCUACCACAAUUGUCAAGUGUUAACAGUAAUCGUGGUGUAUGGCAGUUCAGUAUUAAAUCUACUACCGUCUCACCGGGUUCAACUAAUAUUAGUGGAGGCAGCGGUCCAGGAUUAUUUCGACUGCCUGAUACUGGUAAUAUUCCAGUUCAUUCGGUAUUAACAGAAGCUGAUUUCCCCAGUCAAGAUACUUCACCAUCAUCAGCUAUUGAUAAUUUUUCACCAAAACAUGAAUUGUUAGACAAUUCAUUGAUUAAAAUGAACAAAAAUUGUAAAAAAAAUGAAACAAAGAAUAACAAUACAAACAUUAUUUAUCCAAAUGAAAAUGUAUCACCAAACGUUAAUUUAUUGACAAAUAAGAGUGUUAAACGGAGACAUGGUAAAAAAAAGUCAAAAAUGAAACGUCAUCCUGUUGUCAUUAGUGAUGAGUUCACUGCUCCAACUUCAGCAGUAACAAUAACAAAUCUUUAUCCAUCAGGUUAUGAAAGUUUAAGCAGUUCACCAAUAACUCAAAAUUUGUAUUAUAAUUCUUCAGAUUUAUCAACAUUCUCAUUACCAGGUGAUUUACAAGUCAAUACAACAUAUGACAGUGAUAAUAAUAUGAUGAUGAUGGCUAGUAGUCUAUCCAAUCUUCCUUGUAAUCAAAAUUCAUUGGUCGACAAUGAGAAGAAUACUAAGUCAAGUAUGGAAACAUUUCAAAUUGAAGAGAAUUCACAAAAUAAAGUGGAGAAUUCUAACAAGAUAAAAAAUUUCAAUGCUGUUAGUGAUAAUGAGAGUGAUGAAAAUUGAUAGGCAAAAAAACUGAACAAACUGAUGAAAGCGAUGGAUAGAAUUAUCAACCAAACUAUUUAUUGUGUACAAAGCAUCCGCUUACGCAAUAUUUAAUUCAUAAUAAUUAUUAUUCAUGAAGUUCUGUGUCAUUUGAAGAAGCUUUUAAUGAAUCUUAUGAUGGAAUAAUUGAAUAAUAUAACACACAUUUGCAUAGGAUAGAUAAUUUUUGUUCCAAUAUAAAGUCGUAUCCUUUUCUAUUGAACCAUUAUGAAUCAUAACAAUUACACGUUCGAUUGAUAUUUCAUUUAUUCACAUCUGUUUAUGUACCCAGGUGCUAUUUUUCUACUAUUUAGAUGUCAUGCCUCUUUUUCGAACUUAGGAUUUCAUUUUUAUCCGCUUCCUCCAGUUUACAUUCUUUCUACAAUAAAACACUUCAAAAUAGAAAAGAGAUAAGCAGAUUUCUGUCCAUUUUAAAGCCAUUCUUUUUUAUUAUUUCGCUCCUAUCAAUCAACCUAUUAACACAACAGAGAAGCAAAAUACUUCUUGAUCAUGACUAACGCUGCUGUUAUUUGUUUAUUUUCUCGAAUUGCUUUCUUCCCACCAUAUUAACAAAACAACACAUUCAUCCAUACUGAUAACCUAUAUUUUGUUUUGCUAGCUUUUGUUUGCCAUCUUUCUGUUAUUUUUGUGUGUAUGUCGGUAUUAUUCUUCGUUGCUUUUUGUCCCCGGUUACGGUUAAAACGUGUAGCCUGAUAUUCCCUCUUUCUCUUCGUAUGCACACAAAUUUACUUAUCUGUAAAAUACGUAAUGGACAAAAUAUAUUCGAAAGUGUAAUUAAUAUCCGUUGAACGUUUCUUUUCCACUCCUUUAUUCCUUUUGUGCGCCAGAAUAUCUGUUUUACUACAUUUUAAGGUUUCUUUAAAAGUAUAAAGAGAUUGAUAAUAAUAUUAUUGUCAUUCUAGCAAAUAUAUAAAAUGAUAUACAAUAACAAGUUUCGUUCUCAGUAAAGUAUUUAUUUGAACCAUGAUUUUAUGAUAUGUCAUAGACGUGUAUUGAAGCGUAUACGAAUAUUUAGUCAUCAGCUAAAUUGUAUAAUACAAUUAAGAAAUACUAAAUUUUGAAGGUAGACAGUAAUUGAUUCGAAGUAUAAAUCUCUAUCGGAUAUAAAGACGUUUGUCACUUGCUAUUUUAUCACACUGUGGAAGGGUACUUCUCGAGAGACUUGAAAAUGAAACUAAGUUGAGAGUGAUCGUGAAUAACUGUGGGGUGUGUUAUUUUUUAGGUCGACCUCUCUUAGCUCCCCUCUGUCGUAGUGGGGAGACGUUCAUUUUAUGAGGGAAACUCCUUAUUGUCACACCUCUGUAAAGUUGACAGUACAACUUCGCCCUCUGACUUGAAGUUUGCAGCUUUUAAUCUUAACGAUCUCCAACCCGGGUGGUGUGGUAGGGCUUAAUGUAACGAGAGUUUCAGCCAAUAUAGCUCAGUCAGGUCAUCAUGAUAGGAAAGCUCCAACCGUACGCCAAAGUAGGGGCUACGCCCAGUUUUAUCGUGAAAUUGAAA